AAACAGUAUUUUCUUUAAUUCCCCUCAAAUUAUCUAGUAUCUGAUUGAUUAGCAUAUUAUGCUAAAUGUAUAUAUGCAUUCAUGUCAUAGCUUUGUACUAUAACCGGACAGAAAUUAAUGUGAUUCAGACCAUAUCAAUUAUUUAUUCAGAACUAGCACUUUCAUCAACUUUCGUGUCAAUGGCAGGCUAUUGUGUCAUUCGUUCAUAGGCCUAACUUUGCCGUCAUCCCAUGCGAAAGCUUUGGAAUUUGUAGACACGCCCCUAGUCUUUUUUUCAAGAUUCUUUUAAGGAAUUUCCACAGACCACUCUGUCUGCGCUGACUGCGGUCAGAGGAACUGCUUUAAAAAACAUCUACCAGCUUUGUGGAAAAGAGAGAUCUGUUGCGUUACAGUAGUAGACAAAGAAAGAAAAUGGAAGAGGAGAUUGCUGGAGGGACCACCCACAGGGUUCCAGUGGACCCAGAUCCCCAGAAAGAGAGCCCCGAGGAUGGGAUUCAAGAGAGGGGCAAGUGGGCCAACAAAACUGAAUUCCUACUUUCCAUGGCUGGUGAAAUCAUUGGCCUGGGCAACGUAUGGCGCUUCCCUUAUCUGUGCUAUAAAAAUGGAGGAGGUGUCUUCUUCAUCCCCUACUUUGUGUUCCUCUUCUUCUGUGGUAUCCCCGUGUUCUUCCUGGAGACGGCGUUGGGGCAGUACACCAGUCAGGGGGGGAUCACAUCCUGGAGGAAGAUUUGUCCCAUGUUUGAGGGAGUUGGAAUUGCCUCUCAAGUGAUUGUGGCAUAUCUGAACAUCUAUUACAUCGUGGUGCUGGCCUGGGGUCUGUUCUACCUCUUCAACUCCUUCCAGAGUCCACUGCCCUGGUCCACCUGUGACAACUACUGGAAUACUGAGAACUGUCACAGCUACGUGAACUUUAACCUGUCGGACUCAGACUGGUCAUUUCUUUACAAUCAGACGGAAGAUAAUAAUGACUACGUGUUCAGUAAUGAGAGCUUGAAAAUCACAUCUCCAGAGGAAGAGUUUUGGGCUUGUCGGGUGUUGAGGACAACAAAUAUGUCUCUGGGUGCUGUGCAGUGGGAUCUGGCUCUCUGCCUGCUGCUGGCUUGGAUCAUCUGCUACUUCUGCAUCUGGAAGGGGGUCAAAUCUACUGGCAAGGUGGUGUACUUCACAGCAACGUUCCCCUACCUGAUGCUCAUUCUCCUAUUCAUCCGUGGUGUGACUCUGCCCGGGGCUGGGGAGGGUCUGAAGUAUUAUCUCCUGCCUCAAAUGGACAAGAUCCUGGAACCUGCUGUGUGGCGUGAUGCAGGGACUCAGGUGUUUUUCUCCUACGCGGUCUGUCAGGGAGUCCUCACCUCUCUGGGAAGCUACAACAAGUACAACAACAACUGUUACAGGGACUGUAUGGCGCUCUGCAUUCUCAACAGUGCCACCAGCAUCUUUGCUGGAUUUGCUGUGUUCUCCGUGCUGGGAUUCAUGGCUCACUCGCUUAACAUGGACGUCAAUACGGUCGUGGAAGGAGGCCCUGGUCUGGCUUUCAUUGCCUAUCCCAAAGCAGUGUCCCUGCUACCCGGGGCCCAGUUCUGGUCUGUCCUCUUCUUCCUCAUGAUUAUAUUCCUGGGUCUGGACAGCCAGUUUGUCUGCGUCGAGAGCCUGGCAACAGCCAUCACUGACCUUUGCCCUUCUACCCUACGGAGGCCGGGCCGGAGGGAAAUUCUGGUGCUGGUCAUCGCCGUAGUCUGCUUCCUACUGGGUCUGCCUCUCAUCUCUGAGAACGGGAUCGUCCUCUUCAGGUUAAUCGACACGUACGGUUCCAGUGGGAUCAGCCUGCUAUUCAUCGCCUGUUUUGAGUGCAUCGUUGUCGCCUGGGUCUAUGGUGCAAACCGUUUCCUUGACAACAUCGAAGACAUGAUUGGCUACCGUCCAUUUCCCCUGGUGCUGAAAUACUGCUGGCUGUUUGUAACACCACUCAUCUGUGCAGUCACCAUGCUGUAUGACGCUCUGACCAGCUCAUCUAUAAAUAUACCUGGGGUAGAUCAAGUCCUUGGGUCCUGGGCCUCCAGAAUGGCGUCCCUCCUCAUCCUCACCCCACUGCUCUGUAUUCCUGUCUUCAUCCUGCCGUCACUGUGGAGGAAUCCUAGAGGAAUGGCCACUCCGUCCCCUGACCUUCGACAGGCCAAGCCACACGAACCCAGGCUUACGUUGUGUAAGCGUGUCAUCAUCAGAGGGCAGGAGAAACCGCCCAGGAUCGACGGGGAGGGAGAUGAGAAGCAGGCCAUUGAGGUCAUUGGCGUCUAGUGCUCAUGACAUCAUAGAACCAUCAGGGUCGACACAGACUUCCAGGUUGGUCUGCAGUAACGCACGAUUCCAUGAAACGUGCUGAAAAGACGACCUGAACGUUUCCAAACACAUAGUUUUCGUGAAAAGGGCUGAGUUGUUAAUUUAAUUAAUUCACGUUAAUUAAUGUAGUACAUCCAAAUAAUUGAAGUUUGAACUGUCUCAAACUGACCCAGGCUGACCAAGCUAAAUGUUAGACUGCAGUGUGUACACAAAAAACGGCCAAUGCUUAUCAUUUCAGGAGCAUUGGAUUGUACAUUUACACCUGCACUUCAGUUUUCAACAGGUUUCUUUUGGUUGUUUCCGGUUUCUUUUUUCGUUUAGAUAUUUUUCUAAAUGUCGUUUAGGGGUUGCUGUUUGAUAGCCAGCCCAAGAAACUUCACAUAUACCUCAUUUAUAACACUUCUAAAAAUGUUUUUACUUGCUCCAUAUACAACGUCCACAAAUAGGAUGAUUAUGUUGGAUUACCUAGUCAUCUUACAUUAAUAGGUUUUCUUAUAAUAGGUAAAUAUAGAAUACAUAUUAGAUCCAUAUUUUAAUAUGAUCAUGCCCGCUGCCUUAUACUGUAUGUCUAAGCCUUUAAAAACAGGGAUCUGCUUAUUGAUCUACAUUUAAACCUCGAAUUAGAUGUAAUACUAACAUCAAAUCAACGUCUGUGGAAACCUCUCUCUAUACGACCUAGCCCAUAAGAGGACAGUUCUUACAUAUUAUCAGGGUUGGGGUCAAUUCAAGUUAGCCAAAAGAAUAAUAUACAAAGCACAUUUCUAAAUAUGUUUUUUAAUUGAAAAGGGUAUGCCUUUUACUUUCUGAUUUGAUUCUAUUAAAGUGUCCUCCAGCUUGUGUCCUGGGGUGGUGCAGUUCUAUGAUAAGGCCUUUGGGCACAUGUACUACUGCAGCAUAGAUUAGAAUCUGACGCGAUGCUCUUUCAGCAAAAUAUUUUAUUAGGUCGUGGAAAUGUAUGUCUUGAAUUGACAUGCUAGAUAAAUAUAAAGAUGUAAAUGACGGAUAUCUGAUGUAUCAUUAAACAUACUUCCAGUUUA